AUGAAGAAUGUGUUUAUGAACUUGUUGCGGAAGGAUCCUGCCCUCCCCCGUGUGACUGAAAGUGGAAUAACGCAUUCCAGUAAAAUAAAAACCUGUGUGAACUGUCGGUCAGAUGACAACGCUUUCAUGGGAGUUGUAACUUCCUUGAUCGGUAUAUUGCUAGGCUGUACCAUAAUUACUCGAUUGAAACUUGAAAUACGUGGCAUGAUUUUGAUGAAGUUAAUUGCAUAUUGUAUCUGCCUCGGCUUGGAGAUUAUCAUAUCUUUCUUGCGCUGUGAAGCACCCCACUUGAACAAUAAUCCCAUGAACAAUUCUUCCCUAUAUGACAAUAUAACGUCAUUAAUUGAUGACUGUAACUGCGAUGUUCGCCAGUAUUUCCCUAUAUGUGGUUCCGAUCAACAGAAUUAUUUCUCACCAUGCCAUGCUGGAUGUCUAGAAGGAAAUUAUUUUAAUUUCACCAACUGCAAUGGAAUCCCUGGAAUGUCAGCAACGGCUGGUCUAUGUUCCUUUGAAUGUCAAGCCAGAAAUAUAUUUAUAGGACUUUCGACUAUUAAUAACAUCAUAGCUAUGGCGAGUAUUCCAGCUGGUUAUCUUUUAGUUAUAAGUUGUACAUGGAACUGUGAUACAGAAAUGGCAAAUAGUAAUAUUAAAAAACAUAAUCCUAUAUCCAUACUUAGCCCUUCUUGCUUGUAUAACUCGUUCCUUCCUGCGCCGGUUGUAUUUGGACGUGCCAUCGAUGCCGUGUGUAUCCUCUGGGAUAUGAAGUGUAAUGAACGCGGGGCUUGUAAAUUAUAUGAUCUAGAUAACUUAAGACGCGUCGUAUUCUAUCCUAUGGUUGUCGGUCGUUUCAUCUCACUUCUAGCAUUUGCCUUUAUUUUCUAUUUGCAUAACCGGAAACAGAAAAAACUUAACUUAGCGAAAAUCAGCGAGAAAGAAGCCCCGACAUAG